CUAGAAGUGCCGGGGGCGUGGCUUCUGGGAGGCGUGGCGCGGGUGCCAAGGGGCGAGGCCUUGAUGGACAGUAGCCAGUCGCAGCUCCUGGGAAGCUAACUUGCGGGUGGCACUUGUUAAGGACUGUUGGACAAACGGAGAAACGUCCAGGUUUUAGGCUCCUGAGCUGUUUAGUCAUUGCUGAGUGUUCCAAGCUAAAGAUGACAGUGAUGAGUCACCUGAGAGUGAGUCUACAAGUCUCUUCGUGCACGCUGCUGUGGAGACGGUUCCGGGUUCCGAGGUUGGUGCCACUGAGGUCCUGCAGUCUGUAUACCUGCACAUACAGAACCAGGAAUCGAGCCUUACCUCCACUCUGGGAGAACUUGGACCUUGUUCCUGCUGGUGAUCGGCAGUCACCCAUCAACAUCCGAUGGAGGGACAGUGUUUAUGACCCUGGCUUAAAACCACUCACCAUUUCUUAUGACCCAGCCACCUGCCUCCACAUCUGGAACAAUGGGUACUCCUUUCUUGUGGAAUUUGAAGAUACUACAGAUAAAUCAGUAAUUGAGGGAGGACCCCUGGAACAUAACUACCGACUGAAGCAGUUUCAUUUUCACUGGGGGGCCAUCGACGCUUGGGGCUCCGAGCACACUGUGGACAGCAAAUGCUACCCAGCAGAGCUGCACUUGGUACAUUGGAAUGCAGUCAAAUUUGAAAGUUUUGAGGAUGCAGCACUGGAAGAAAAUGGCUUGGCUGUGAUAGGUGUAUUUUUAAAGCUAGGUAAACAUCAUAAAGAACUGCAGAAAUUGGUGGACACUUUGCCAUCAAUUAAGCACAAGGAUACCCUGGUGAAAUUUGGAUCAUUUGACCCUUCCUGUCUGAUGCCUACUUGCCCAGAUUACUGGACCUAUUCUGGAUCUCUCACUACGCCUCCCCUCUCAGAGUCUGUUACCUGGAUCAUUAAGAAGCAGCCAGUUGAGGUCGACCAUGAUCAGCUUGAACAGUUUCGGACCCUGCUUUUCACAUCUGAGGGAGAGAAAGAGAAAAGAAUGGUGGACAACUUCCGCCCACUUCAACCUCUGAUGAAUCGCACUGUCCGUUCAUCCUUCCGCCAUGACUAUGUGCUCAAUAUACAAGUGAAGCCCGAGCCGACUGCCAGCGAAGUCUCCCCCUAAGACAGCAUAUUUAGGCAGCAUCUUGUUUUAAUGCAUAUUAGCUUAAAAUUUCAACUAGAUGAUUUUAAAACGGCAUUUAAUAAUACUUAUAUGUAUACAUUUCUGGUUUUUUUUCUUCUAAUUUUUUGUAAAAACAUUUCAAAAUUCCUCUUCUUAUAAAGCAAAGACAAAGAGACAAAACAAGAAAAACAAAAACCUGUAACAAAACAACAUCAAAUUACCUAAGGUCACCCUUUCUCAUGACAGGAUUAAGGCAGAGGAAUCUUCAUUAACAGUUAAAUCUCUUGAAUCUAUUUCUCAGAAAGUCAGAUGAACAGUUUAGUUUCCCCUUGGUUAAAUGGAAGCUUAGUGUGAGUGUCUGAUCUUGAUUUUUCUGUUUGGGCCUAAUUCAGGAUCUUAACCCACAAGGAGAGGUUCUUGGGAAUUUUACUUAACAAUAACUCCCUUUUGCUCAAACUGUAAAUUGUCUCAUCUUUCAGUGUUAGUCCCACUCUUAGGAGGCGAAUGGCUUUCAAAGGUUAGGCAUACACUUACUGGUUUUAAUUUGUGUCUUUUUUUUGUUUUUUUUUUUUGUUUUUUAAAGAUAAGGUCAUACUAUUUAGCCCUGACUAUCCUGGAAAUCACUAUGCAAACCAGUCCAGACUUGAACUCACAGAGGUCUGUCUGUCUUUGCCUCCUAAGUGCUGGGAUUAAAGGCUUGUGCCACCACAGCCAGCUUUCAUUUGUCUUAUCAAAUAUAUUUGCUCUUUGACUUAUGAUACUGUCAUUGGAAUAUUAACAGAUCAUGCAAGGUGUGCUUAUAGCAACCUGUUGGUAAUUGUGUUGUGUUUUUAUACCUGACAUUGUGUGUCUGUGUGUGUGUGUGUGUGUGUGUGUGUGUGUGUGUAUGAGAGAGAGAGAGAGAGAGAGAGAGAGAGAGAGAGAGAGAGAGAGAGUGAGUUCUGAGACAGUGUCCCACUCUGUAGUCCAGGCUGGCCUGGAACUCAUAGUAAUCCUUGUGCUUCAGUCUCCCCAGCAUGAGGAGUACAGGUACCAGGUCCCACACUCUACUAGUAUACUUGACACAUUUGGCUAUCAUUUUUAUUUGGGAAACAAGGGAUCCUUUAGCUCAGAUUGUACUAGAAUGUGCUAUGUAGCAGAAGCUGGUCUGAAACUUCAGAUUCUCCGGCCUCCACCUCCCAACUACUAGGAUUACAAGUGCGCGCCACUCCACUCAGCUUUCUCUGUCUUCUAGUGUCUAUAGUUGUAUAGAAUUAUAAGUAGGGAUUAUAGUCAAGAUGCUAACAGCUCCCAAUGGUAUUGCUACUGGCCACACAAAGCCUAGGCUUCUCAGAAAACAUUUGUAUGGGCCCAGCCUGGCAAGCCCUAGCUGAACAUUGGUCAUAGUUUGAGGUACAUUUUGUUUGAAAACUUGGCUGUGAGUUUUUGGAUUUAGAUUUCUCAGUGAGUAUGUCUGUACUAAUAAUCUUUAGUUGUUAUUACUAGCAUAUGAUAUGCCUAAUUAUUAUCGAUUCAGUAUAUAGAAAAUACUUUUUGUAAUCAUGGGCUAGCUCAGUGGGUAAAGACACUUGUCAUGUAAACCUAGUGAUCUAAGCUUGAUCCCCAGAGCUCUCGUAAAGGUGGAAGAAAAAAAAAACUAACCCCACAAAAUUGCUGUCUGACCAAGCAUGUUUUAUUGCUUACACACAACACCAUACACAUUAUAAAUGCACACAAUAAUAAAUAAAACUUUAAAAGAAUAAAAAAGAUAUAUUUUGUAAUCACAA